GCUUCUAGUACUUUCUCGAAGCUCUUGAGCCCUGCCCUCCCAUUUUGCGUCCGGACGUCCCCGGUAACGUAGGUCCUUGUUUUGUUAGCGAACGCUUGUACAAAGCUUCUGUCGGAUCUGAACUUCGAGCGUUAGUCAGCUGUAGGCCUUUCUCUUCAUUCUGAGGGAGCUGUUAUCAGCCUGCAGGGAGUGUUCGGCGCUGCUGGGUUUGUGAGAAGGGAUCUUUCCUGAAGAAGAGGAAGCCUAGGUCUCCGGCGAAUAUGUCCAAUUACGUGAAUGAUCUGUGGCCCGGCUCGCCGCAGAAUUCCCCGUCCGCCUCCGGGUCAGAUCGGUCCAGCCGGCUGUCCUCGCGGUCUGGGAGCCGCUCCUCUUCUCGGAGCUCCCGCUCGGAACCCCGCGGCUCGAGCCGCUCGUCGUCCGGGAGUCGCAGGCGGCCCGGGAGAAGGACCAGGUCGAGGUCGCGUUCGAGGAGGCGCCACCAGCGGAAGUACAGGCGCUAUUCGCGUUCCUACUCGCGCAGCCGUUCUCGAUCCCGCGGCCGCCGCUACCUGGACAGGCGUUCCGGGCCGCCCCGGAGGUAUUUCCGGUCUCCCUCGCCGCGCCGCUCGCGGUCUCGUAGCCGCUCGCGCUCGCGGGGAAGGUCGUACUUUCGAAGGUCGCACUAUGCCCUCGCACGGGGGCGGCGGUACUACGGCUUCGCUCGCUCCGGGUACCCUGAGGAACGCGGCAGGUGGAGGGAGCGGUCGAGAUCCAGGACGAGGUCGCGGAGCAGAACCCCCUUUCGUUUGAGUGAAAAAGAUCGUAUGGAGCUGUUAGAAAUAGCAAAAGCAAAUGCAGCGAAAGCUUUAGGCACAACCAACUUUGACUUGCCUGCUAGUCUCAGAACUGUUUCUGUAGCUAAAGAAACAAGCCAUGGA